UUAGUAUAGUCACAAGCCCACGCAGACAUCGACAACUGUAGACGCGUGACCUCGCAGAAUGAUGCUAAAGCAGCGCCCUCAAGUCGCGAGCGCUGGCCAGUCGCGCCGCGCUACUAGGUCCUGCUCGCGUGUGGUGUGCUCUGCUCAGACUACGAUGUCUGGCGAGGUCACCAUCCGUCGUCGCCCCCCUCACGGACUAGAGACCCAGCCAUGCGGCCCGCACGCCUUCCGUGUGGGUGGUCUGCCUGAUGAGAACAAGCCCCAGAAUAUCCUGGAGGAGAUCGUCUGGUGGAAGGCGCGCGAGGUGGAGGUGAUGCGCGACAAGCAGCCCCUGGCGCUGCUGCAGGGCCUAGCAAAGAAGAUGGACCCGCCGCGCGACUUCCGCGCCGCUAUUGCGGCCAAGGCCAAGGAAACGGGUCGCCCCGGCCUGAUCGCCGAGGUGAAGAAGGCCUCCCCGUCCAAGGGCGUCAUCCAGCCCGACUUUGACCCCGUGCGCAUCGCCAAGUCGUACGAGGCUGGCGGUGCUGCGUGCCUGUCGGUGCUGACCGAUGAGAAGUUCUUCCAGGGCUCCUUCCAGAACCUGACCAAGAUCCGCGCUGCCGGCGUGACCUGCCCGCUGCUGUGCAAGGAGUUCAUCGUGGAGGCCUACCAGGUGUUCAAGGCCCGUGCCAGCGGCGCCGAUGCCAUCCUGCUGAUCGCUGCAGUCCUGCCCAACGCCGACCUGGCCUACUUCAUGAAGGCGGCGCAGAACCUGGGCAUGACCUGCCUUAUCGAGGUGCACACCGAGGGCGAGCUAGCUCGUGUGCUGGAGCUGCCGGACGUGGAGAAGCACUUGCUGGGUAUCAACAACCGCGACCUGGGCACUUUCAAAGUGGACCUGAACGUGACCAAGCGCAUCAUGGACAGCGAGUGGGGCCAGCAGGUCAAGGAGCGGGGCAUCAUCAUGGUGGGCGAGAGCGGCAUCUUCACGCCCGAGGACGUGGCCUUCGUACAACAGGCGGGCUGCGGCGCCAUCCUGGUGGGCGAGUCCAUUGUGAAGCAGGGCGACAUCGUGGCCGGCGUCAAGGCGCUGCUGGCGUAAGCAGACUGGCGUUAGGUGGAGAGGAAGAUGUAGAAAGGCGGGUGGCGAAGCCAGGAGAGGGAGGAGUCGAAGCAGGAGGUCGGUGACUUGGAAGCAGCAGGAGCUGUGUAGCGGGUGAUAGGGGCGUGAGCAAAGAGUCACCUCGAUCGGCAGGAAUCGAUGAGACAGGUCUGUUGGCCUGGAAAGAGACACGCGGCAGUGUUCGGAGGGGACCAGGAUUACGACCUGGCAGUUGAGGAAGCCGCAAGGCAUCUGUAUCGAGUGCACUCCGCAAAGAACGAAGGGCGGGUUACUGACAGGCAGUCUGCAUCUCGAGUGAUGGGGACGUGACCCUAAUGGGAGGAGUCUGUGAGCGUUUGGUAUAUUAGGAUGAGGAAGGGGAAGCUGCUUUUGGUGAUAUGUAAUGUUCGGUCUGACAC